AUGGAGCUCAACAGUUUUAUAUUUCCAGCACCAAGUCCAUCCUACACAGUUAUUAGCUUCCCAGGAGAACUUUUAAAAAUUCCAAGGCUUAAAGGCAAGCGUCAAGGUGUUCCCUGCAUUUUUCUCCCAUUUUCUCGAGGUUCAAGUAAAAUUUUACUUUAUUUCCAUGGAAACGCAGAAGAUCUUGGUCUAGCUUAUGAAAUGUUAAAUCAUACACGAAACACACUAAUGGUUCAUGUCCUUGCAUUAGAAUAUCCAGGCUAUGGGAUUUAUAAAGGUAAGCCAAGCGCUUCUCGAAUUUUAGAAGAUUCUGAAAAUGUUUUUAACUACCUGACAGAUGUCUUGAAAAUUUCUCCUACAAAUAUUUUUAUAUUUGGCCGAUCGAUAGGAGCAGGCCCAGCAGUUUGGUUGGGUGCAGAAAAAAAUCCUGGUGCUUUACUACUAAUGUCAGCUUAUACGUCCAUAAGGGCUGUUGCAAAAAAUAUUGCUGGGAGCUUAUUAAUGUAUUUUGUAAAAGAAAGAUUUAGGAAUAUUGAUUUAAUGCCUAAAGUAAAAUGUCCUUGCUUUUUGGUACAUGGACAGAACGACACAUUAAUUCCUUAUCAGCAUUCACAAAUUUUGCAUGAGCUGUGUGGAGGGCCAUCUAACUUGCUUUUACCGAGCAAGAUGGAUCAUAAUGGAUUUGAUUUUUUUGAAGAUUUGACGCUGCCUUUUACAGCAUUUUUGAUACAUUGUGGUAUUAGUACUGUUCCGGACAACCUUCAAAGCGCGUUUAUCAGUUUUCCAGAAGAGUUGUUUUAUUCGAAGAGAUCAUAG